AUGUCGGAGGUAAUGGUGGAAGAACCGAAAAAAAAGGAGUCAAAUAAAGGGAUUGCCAAAUCAACGGAAACGAGCGCAAUGAAUACAGAUGAGGAACUUGAUCUUGGUUGCAAAAGUUUCUUCUACGAUUGUUUCAUAUGCUGCUGUGGUUGCGAGAAGUUUGAUAAAGGAAGUGGUUACAAAUUUGAUUACACUCCAACCGGUGGCUGGAUCAACAGUAGCGAUUAUGUAAAUGUCAAUAAUUCUUCUAUUUUUGACAGUGGUGGUAAUGAUAGUUUCGGCCAUGUUGAUACCAAUGUAGGGGGUUGCGAUAUAAAUGGUAGUAAUUUUGGGAGCUGCGAUAAUGGCGGGGGUUUUGACAGUGGGGGUUGUGACACCGGCGGCGGUUUUGACAGUGGGGGUUGCGACAGUGGCGGAGGUUUUGACAGUUUGACCACAGAUUAA